AGUCGCGUCAGCGCUCUUGUCCGCUGCGCUUCUGCUGUGCACACCUCCUUGUGGCUCCCGUCAAUCGGUGCGAGCGUGAGUCUGUCUUCUCCUCUUCCACACCUACCUCCGCACUCCCUCCGUACCUUUUUGCCCGUCUCGUCGUUCCUUGUUGGUCCACUGCACUAGCUGAACACCCACGUGCCAGCUGUUUGCUUCACAACGCACACACAGCCUAGACGGCAUCUUUACGAGGCUCCUGACAGUAGUAGCUCAGUGGACGACUCACACGACUGCUCUGCAAAUUUUUGAGCAUCGAAGACAGAAGCUGGUUGAGCAUCGAGGACAAACGCUGGUCAUUUCCCUGCUAGUGCGACCUCUCCGAGCCUAAGCGCAUCGCCAAAGUAACAUCUGCUCGACCAACGGCAUCUUUUGCAGGAUAGCCCCGACGCCGUGCGAGUAGUCCGGCUCUUCGACCCUCAUCCGCAACAUUAGGCGCAAAGAUGGGUGGAAGUCUCUCAAAAGCGAUGGGAAAGAUCUUUGGGAACAGGGAGAUGAGAAUUUUGAUGCUCGGUCUGGACGCUGCGGGCAAGACGACCAUCCUGUACAAGCUCAAGCUGAACCAAAGCGUCACGACUAUCCCGACUGUUGGCUUUAACGUCGAGACUGUCCAGUACAAGAACGUCAAAUUCAACGUAUGGGACGUUGGAGGUCAAGACAAGAUCCGACCCUUAUGGCGACACUACUACACAGGCACGCAGGGCUUGGUGUUCGUGGUCGACAGCCAGGACAGGGACAGAAUCGAUGAGGCUAGACAGGAGCUGCACAGGAUCAUUGGAGAUAGGGAAAUGAGAGAGUGCCUCUUGCUUGUGUUUGCGAACAAGCAGGAUCUGGCCGGAGCCAUGUCACCUGCAGAAGUCACCGAGAAGCUGGGCCUGCACCGGAUGAGGGAUCGAUCUUGGUUCGUGCAUCCCAGUUGCGCAACAAGUGGCGAGGGUUUGUUUGAAGGGCUUAGCUGGCUGAGCACCAAUGUCAAGAAACAGCAGGGUGCUUGAGCAUCUGAGCCUCCCGAAUGGCUCUGCAUCAGGUGAAGCAAGCAUGUGUAAGUGCCUGCAUGGGAAAAAGUUGCCGGCACAUCCUUUUUGGAAGGCCAGAAACGCAGACAAGACACAGUACGAAGCUGGACGGUUCCCAACUCUAGGUCUUCCAACUAGAGCGGCGCGAGGGAUCACCUGCGCAGACGUUUUGCGGCCCCUUUCGCCUUUGCCUACCUCUUGUCGCAUUCGUCCGACAUUGUCGCAUCCCCUCUCUCUUAUUCGCCUUUUGUUCCCUCGCCUCGAUCCGCCGGAGCACAGUUCAGUCUACACCCUUGAGUGAACGUGCAGCCUUUUCCUUUACAUGCAAGCAAAGCUCAGAUACCAGUA